CAGUGUAACACAUGUAACCAAAGCAGCGAAGAAGAAAAUAAUCGAAAUGCCCCGAGAACAGUGACAAGCUAACCUAAGGAAGAAUCACGGAACCUGGGUGGAAUCAUGUCAACGAGUAAUUGUAUUAGCUAACGUGAGCUGACUGCUAAGGAAUGGUAGUUAGCUAACUAGCUAGCUUGCUGCUGCUGCUGCUGCUGCACUGUAAUCAUAGACUUUACCGCAGUCAUGAGCGAAGAUGACAAUUCAACAUCAACAAACAAAGACAAAGACUCCACUCUCCUGCUCACGAAAGACGGGCAGCGGUACUACGUGAGUAAGAGCGGAGUGGUGGACAGCAGAAAUGUGAUAACGCCGCACGAACCGGAGAACAACGUCUCCUCCUACGAGAUGGACGAUCCGGACGAGGAGAGCGACGUCCUGGACACCUCAGACCCCAGGGACAGCGCCGCCAGUCCGGAGGAGCUCAACGACGAGGAGACCUCGGAGGGCGAUAAUGCCCCCAAACAGUGCACCUAUGAGGGAUGCACGGAGACCACAACGCAGGUAGCCAAGCAGAGGAAACCGUGGAUGUGCAAAAAACACCGCAACAAGAUGUACAAAGACAAGUACAAGAAGAAGAAGAGUGAUCAGGCCAUGUCCAGUGGAAAACUUGAUGAAAACUCAGAGGAGCGGCCUGUGUCUGUGAACAAACAACGUCUUGGUGCCAUGGGGGACCGGCCGGCCAGACCAUCCCUGAUAGAGCAGGUCCUCAACCAGAAGAGACUGUCACUGCUCAGGAGUCCAGAGGUGAUAAGUUUCCUGCAGCAGCAGCAGCAGCUCCUGGCCACACAGAGCCGCAGCCAACAGCAGCCACAGCAGCAGUUCCAGGGUUGCUGACACAGGCUGGUUGAUGUUUUACCUAAGUACUGGUAUUGCAUAGUGAGCACUGGCAUUUGAUGCAUAAAUAGAUGGCAAGCAUACACUGUUAACAUGAACUUUCCCAGCCAGGCAGACAGGCUGAAGGCGUGGUGAGUCAGUUGGACUGAAAUAGGUAAACUGACCAUGUAAUCAAAUCAUGUCUGGUGCUGUUUAGGAAAUAUAAUUUCCUAAAUACAUGACAUUGAUAUUCUGACAUUAACUUAUUGUUAUUUUACAUUUUAGUUACACUGUCACAUCCCACUCUUUCUGUUAGUUGUCUUUUCUCAUCUGGCAAUAAUAAUGAAGGCACUGGAUUGUAGUUGUCUAGUCAAAGUUGUUCAGACAUUGAAGAUGUAGUUCUUGACAAAAUAAUCCUGAACUCAGUUUGAUCCUCCUGUGUUUUAGUGCCAUUUGUGUAAUACUUUUCCAGCUGUUCUCUCUUAAGGAAUUAAUCUCCCCAGUGUUUUUUAAUGUUUUCUCUUGAAGUGUUACAUCUGACAAUCACUUUGUGUAAUGCAUGUACGUAACCUCUUUCAGUCAACUGGAACUUUCAGGACUUGAAGGAAAACUCUAGCAUUUUGGAACCUGGGCUGUAUUUUCUCCUGUUUUUGGGUGUAAAUGUUUGACUGGGACAAAAAUCUUUGAAAUGAGCAAGAAUGGUAAAUAGAUUGUUAUUGUGAAUGUCUUAUAACAUUAUGGAUAGGAUAGGGUUCCUACAGAGAUGGACCUUUUUAUUAAGAGUAAGAUCCCUUUUGUUUAACCAGAGACAUCACCAAAUGUUGCUGGCAGCAGUAUUCCAGCAGCUCCAGGUAAAAUUACUGUUUUUGUCCAUGGAGUCUGGUAGCAACAUGUAGCGAUUUUUCUGGUUAAACUAAAGGGAUUUUACUCUUUAAUAAAAAGAGUUAUCUCUGUAGGAAUCCUAUCCAUAUUUUGUCAGAUUCUUAUAAUAACAAUCUGAGCCUCUCAGUGGUAAAAACAAGCACAUACAGAUACAGUUGUCCAUUACAUUACAUUGCUGUAGCUGUUUGCAGUUGCCAGGUACGCUGUUCUUUCUCAAUGCUGCUCCAAUUCCAAAGAUUUGUCCCUAUUGAUCAUUUAUACCCAUAAACAUAGGAAAAUAUGGGUGUGGUUCAAAAAUACCAGAGUUAUCCUUGAACAUUUUUAAAUUUUAAAAUAUCAAACUGUUGCACAAACAGUAAAUUCUAACCGAUUACAAAAAGAAACUCAAAUGAAGUUUGGUGGUGAUGUGUAUUGGCAAUGUUAGCUCUGUUGUCUUCAUGUGUGGCAGGGAGAAGUCGUGUACUGUAUGUUGUUCCUUUGUUUCUAAGCUGAAAUGUAUAUCCCAUGUUGUGAAGAUGAGAAUAAAAUCAUGAUGCUAACAUUGAGAAA